UUAUUGAAUUCGGUGAUUUUUUCUAUUCAUUCUUCGGGAAGAAUCAACCAAUUUUGCAGUUUUCUUAAAAUCAACGCAAAAAAAAUAUUUUGCAAACUUUUAUAACAAAAGGUCUUCUCCAUUAAAAAGAAAAUAAAGCAGAGGCAGCAACAACAACAGCAAUAAGAAAAAUAAAGUGUAAUUUAAUCAAGUCACUAAAUAAAUACCAAAGUAAAAGUAAAUAGACAAAAUAAAACAAUAAUAACAAAAAAUAAAAAAGUGAAAACAAAAGCCAAAGACCCGAGAUCUUAGGAAAUUAACAAGAAAACAUACAUAAAUAAAACAAAUAAUACUUAAAAGUAUUUACAUUUUUAUAAAUUUCGUGGUCAAGUUUCUGUUUAGCUAAAGGAAGAAGGCAAGAAAAAUGGGUGAUUCCGAGAGACAAAGUCUAUUGAAGAAUGAAGAUACUUCAAUGUAUACUUCCGCCUCAACCGGCACCACCACCAAUGCUGCCGUCAAUCAAGGUGAUGUUGGUGUUACAGGCCAACAGCAGCCGUCACAACAGCAACAACCAUCAGCAGAAGCUGGUGUGGCACAAUCGAAUGUACCCUUUAUUGGACCCGAUGAAGUACCACCACCUUAUCAGCAGGGUACAGCUGGUGGUGUACCCAUGGUUACUUGUCGCGUAUGUCAGGGUAUGAUUGAUAUAACCUCGAAGCGAGAUCAGCACGUUGUUAAGUGUCUUCAGUGUAAUGAAGCUACACCCAUACGUAAUGCACCACCUGGUAAAAAGUAUGUACGUUGCCCUUGCAAUUGUUUGCUCAUUUGUAAAAGUUCAUCUCAACGUUGUCCACGUCCCAAUUGCAAGCGUAUUAUUAAUUUAGCUCCCAGCCCUGUUACACCACCCGUACCCACUAUGCCGGGUAUGUGUCGUGUCACCUGUGGCCAUUGUUCGGAUACAUUUUUGUUUAAUACAUUUCACAAUUCGUUGGCUCGUUGCCCCCAUUGUAGGAAGGUUUCAUCGGUGGGCUCUCGUUUUGCCUGUGGUCGUGGCAUAAUAUUUGUCAUUAUUGGUUUAAUUGUAUUAUUUGCUGGCAUUGGUAUAACUGUUGGCACACAUAAUUAUGCUAGGGUAAGUUUUAAUGGGAAUUUACGACAUCAAGGUUAAAAAAAGAAUACCGGG